AUGCGCCAACCCAAUCGUGCGAUCCAUCGUGAACGUCACACUACGCCGACUAUUGAUGACCUAAUUCAUGAUCUAAACGGUGCUACCGUUUUCUCUAAAAUUGAUUUGAACUCUGGUUACCACCAACUCGAACUCGCACCCGAAAGCCGCUAUAUCACAACGUUUUCCACGCACAGAGGACUUCGCCGCUACACCCGCUUAAAUUUUGGUACGUCAUCCGCCGCCGAAGUCUUUCAAGAUGCCAUCCAACAGGUUCUCAGUGGUAUCGAAGGUGCUCGUAAUGUUAGCGCGCAUUUUUGUGCGCGUCAUGCCGUUUUUGAACGUUUACGCUCUAAGAACCUUACGUUGAAUGCCAAAAAGUGCGAGUUCAACAAAUCCAGCAUCGAGUUCUUUGGGUAUAUAUUCUCCAGAAAUGGUUUCUCCCCAGACCCCAAGAAAGUCUCUGCUAUCAACAAUACCAGUCCCCAGUUUCCUCGGUAUGACCAACUACUGUUCCCGGUUUAUCCCCAAUUAUUCCACCAUCACUGAACCCCUCCGUACGCUUACCAAAUCCGACCAGCCCUGGACAAGGACAUCCCAGCAUCAACACGCCUUUGAUCAGCUGAAGCAUCUUCUCACCAGCGACACCGUUCUCUCCUACUUCAACCCCCACAACGCAGCCACCAUAAUUGUCGAGGUGAACGAGGUGAACGAUAAAACAAAACAAAUACAGACGAGAUUAUGUGAGAGUUUAUGCAUGUUUUUAUAGUUUCAAACUUUAAAUAAAUAUCAAAAAACAUUCGCGACAAUGUUGUUGCCUAUGCAAGUCGUUCUCUCACUCCCGUAGAACAACGGUAUUCCCAAACAGAACGAGAAGCCCUCGGUGUACUGUUUGCGUGUGAACAUUUUCAUCUUUACAUUAUACGGCGCGAAAUUCAACAUCAUCACAGAUCACAAACCUCUUGAACGCAUUUUUACCAAUCCCGCUGCUCGUUCCAAUGCCCGAUUAGAACGCUGGGCCUUCAAGCUUAAACUAUAUCACUUCACCAUUUCCUAUUCUCCUGGCAAAACCAACCCCGCUGAUUAUCUGUCCCGUCACAUUCUAGCUACAACCCACCCUUCCACUGCAUCCGACCAGGCUGAAGAAUAUAUCGCGUUCUUAGCAGAUCAUACCACCCCAAAAGCUAUGACCGUUUCUGAAGUGAAACAAUCCACCCGUGCCGAUCCCACUCUGCAAGCCGUCAUCGAAGCCCUCCGUAACAACACCUGGCACUCGACGUUUGAGACACCCAGUCCCCUUGUCAACUCCCAGGACCUCCACGCUCUUUACAAUAUCCGCGACGAACUGAGUGUUUCUGAUUAUCAUGAUCUCCUUCUUCGCUCUCACCGUCUCAUCCUCCUACAUGCCCUUCGUCAACGUGCUCUCCACAUCGCCCAUGAAGGUCACCAAGGCCUUACCAAAACCAGGGCGCUAUAA